UUGCUUGCUUCCGUAGCUUCCGUGUUCCGUAACAUCACUACUAGUCGACUUUACGUAUAUUUAUUGAAUUCUCAGUAAAUAAUUACAAUUCGGACUACAUGAAUGAGUUUUUAGGGUGUGUUUAUUUCGGACAGCAGGCGUUCAUACCAGUGUUUCAGGGUUUGUUGUAGCGUUUUUGGCCUGAACUCAGACACGCGUAUAUUUCACAUUCACACAUUUAUUAUUUUUCCCCUCAGGAGUUUAUUGUGUUUGUUUAUAUUUGUGUAGUAUAUCAUGGCUGUUGUCAACGAAGGAGCUCUUAAAAAGAUGCUGAAGAAAUACAAAUACAAAGAUGACACUGUCCGAGACAUAACAAAUGUCAUCUCUCAGUACAAAGACCUUAAACCUGUUAUGGAUGCAUACAUAUUUAAUGACCAAUCAUCCAAAACAUUAAUGAGCCUCGCAGGAACUGUUCCAAUUAGUUAUAGAGGGAAUGUGUAUAAUAUUCCAGUGUGCUUGUGGCUGCUGGAUACGCAUCCCUAUAAUCCUCCUGUAUGUUUUGUGAAGCCCACCAGUGCGAUGAUAAUCAAAACCGGCAAACACAUCGACAGGAAUGGCAAGAUCUACCUGCCAUACCUGCAUGAGUGGAAACAUCCUCAGUCAGAUCUGUAUGGGCUUAUUCAGGUCAUGACAGUGGAGUUUGGUGAGGAGCCGCCUGUUUUCUCCAGACCCACCACACAACCUCCUUCCCAGGCCAUCCAAGCAGCCGGACCCCUGAACCGAGUUCAACAAGAGAUUCCAGGGUCAUCUGCGCAGACUUCAUCAGAAGUACUGGAAACUGAAUCUCUCUCUCAAAAUAUGGAAAUACUACAGAUGGAAGCUGUCCAACGAAGGUCUGAGGACAAGCAAAUCACCUGGCGGAACGAAUCCUCUACAAGACAUAGUACAAAAAUAAAGGAGCUGUUAAUAGAGCCUGACUUAAAAAAUAUAGGCAGCCUCUACUUUUAUAAAGAUGAGAAGUACAUGAUAGGCUCUGGAGGAGGCGGCACCCAAGUAUAUAUUGGAAUAAGAGAAGACGGCUUUGAGGUGGCCAUUAAAAUAAUACCCAAGAACCCAAAGAACAACAAAGACUUUGAAAAUGAACUGAAGCUGAUGCAAAGUAUAAAGCUGGAAAGCAAAAAUAUUGUCAGGUAUAUGACCUUUGUAAAAGAUAAAGAUUUUUACUAUCUUGCAAACCAGCUUUGUGAAUAUGAUCUAGUGGACUACAUGGAAUAUCUUCGUCAGUCAGAGCAAAACGAAAAUGAAAAGAAGAACACUUUGAAGAGAAAAGUGAAUGAGAUGCUUCUUGGCCUUAAAGUUCUUCACCAUGCUGAUGUGAUACAUCGAGAUAUAAAGCCCAGAAAUGUUUUGAUAGAUCUAGAAGGAAGAGCAAGGCUGGCUGACUUCAGUAUAAGUCGCAGACUGGAGGAGGGGAAAACCACAAUGUAUACUGACAGAGCUGGUACACAAGGCUGGGAGGCAACAGAGAUUGUGAAUCAGACUGAAAAAGGCAGUUACAAAAAGAGCUCAGACAUCCAGGUAGCAGGGAUGUUAACCUAUUACAUCCUCUCUGAUGGGAAACAUCCUUUUGGUGAUGGCAUCCGCCGUGAGGUGAACAUUUCAGAAGGGAAAUAUUCUCUUGGUGAUAUUGAAGAUAUUGCAGCAAAGGAUCUCAUAGAAUGGAUGAUCAACAAAGAUAAAAAUGAGCGACCGACCAUCGACAAGGUCCUAAAUCACCCUUAUUUUUGGGAUGAUAAACGAAAAGAGGGAGUAAUUAUGAAACUGGGUGAAAGAAAUGAAGUCCAGUAUUAUAUUAAUAUUUCAAAAAUUUGCGAAACUAAGAAAGCUGAAGAAGGCCUAACAGCAAAAGAAGCCGUAGAAAGGACCUUAAGUGAAAAAAAGGACAUAAGCAGGAAAACUACAAUCCUUAUGAUGCUAGGAGAGACAGACGAAGACCAAAUCAGAAAUUUAGAAAAUCUUUCUAAGCUUUGCGUCUCUGCAAAGAAAAUUACGCAAGGCAAAUCAUUUAAUAAAUGGAAAUCAGAGCUUUCAGGUGUUGACAAAAAUCUUCCGGAGGACAUACUUGGCCUGCUGCGUACUUACUGCAACAAGCUGAAACAUGAUAAAAAAUACGAUAAGAAGUUUGACAGUUUUCCCGAUUUCUUCAGCACCUUAUACAGACUGGCUUUAGAUGAAGGCUGGGACUAUACCUGGUCUUAAGAUGAUCAAGGAGUUUAUCAGCACCUUGUUGUGAGUGGGAGAUGAGAGAGCCUCUGCCAUAGGCACUAGAAUUUUUAGGUUCUAGCUUGUCCAUGGAGGGGUGAAGAGACACAUGUGACCUGUCAGGGCCUUAAAUUGGAGUAAAUAAAUGAACAAAUAAAACAGGACAGAAACAAAUAAUGAUAGAUACUACUGAAAAAAACUUAAUACAUUUUCGUCACAUAGAAAUUCACUUGACAGUAAAGCACUGAUUUUGAGCUAGAAUGCAGAACAUUUACUGCUAUUAAAUUUUGCCUUCAUUUACUCACAUUUGUCAUUCCAAAUCUGUAUGACUUAUUUCUUUUGAAAAACUAUUGUUUUUCUCAGUUCACAACAGAAAGAAAUUCAUACAGGUUUGGAAUGGCAUGAUGGUGAGUAAACGAUGAAAAUAGUUCACAUCUAAUUUAUAUGACACUAUUUAUCUUUAAUCAGGCUCUAAUUGAAUUAAUGUUUUACAUCAAUUCAAAUAAAUUAGAACUAAACAUUUAAAGAGACAGAAGCUAUUCAAGCUAUUCUGUUAAAUUAUCAGUUCCGUAAAGAAUAUUUGUGUUUUACUUUCUUUUUUAAAUAUUAAUUUAUUCUUCAUUCUUCAUUCUUCAUUCAUUUCUAAUCAUGUAUUCAUAUAAUCAUUUAUAAUCCUUAGCCAUUAGCCAUUUAUUAUGAUAACUGCAAGGGCCAGAUGAAAUCGCUUUUUUGGCGAUUUCUGCACAAACUUUUUGGAAAAAUCUGUGGAAAUUUGGAUUUUGAGAUUAUAAGAGAGUACAGAAGCUGAUAACAUCAAAAAUUUUUGUUAAUUUUAAAAUUAAGUUUUACAAUACAAAUUUUUAUUUUUAUUUCAUUUUUACUUUUAUUUUAUUUAAGGUUUACAAUACAAAUUUUAUUGGAACAACUGGUUUGUUAAACAAAGCUAGGUCUCUCUUAUAGUAAAUCCACUAAAAGGUGCAGGAAAUAUUUCCUGUUUAUAGUAAUUUAGUAUAACCCAAUUCCAGAAAAGUUGGGAUGUUUCGUGAAAUGUCAUAAAAUCAACAAUAUGUUAUCUGUUCAUUCUCUUUAACCUUUAUUCAAUUGAUUAAAGUACAAAGAAAAAGAAUUCCAAUGCUCUUAGUGGCCAACGUUUAAUUUUAUUUUGUAAAUAUAACCAAAUUUUGAUUUUCUUGGCUGCAACACAUUCCAAAAAAGUUGGGACAGAGGCAAAAAUAAAAGUGAAAAGGUUAUAUAAUAUCCUAAUCAAACUGUUUUGAAACAGUUCACAGUCAUCCAUCACCCAAUGUUAGACACACUUCCUCAACCGAUGCUGAUACGUGGUAUGACACAGAAGACCUGCUCUUUUGAGAACAUGUAGAAGGGAAAAGUAUGGACUGGCCAUUCAAACUUUUCAAAGUAUGAUAAAGAUUAUGAAAGUUUGCUUGCAAUAAUCAUUUUAUGUUGUCAUAUAUGAUUAAGAGGGGAGGGAUGAAGGAUCUGAGGAUCCUCAAAUGCAAACUGUGUGUGUUUUGCUUCAAGAGAGCAACCAUACAUUUGUGUUUUACUUGCUUUUUUUGUAUUCUUCAUUCAUUUAUAAUCAUUUAUCAUGUAAACAUAUACUCAUUUAUAAUAAUCAUUAUAAUCAUUUAUAUGCCCAUUUCAUUGAUUCAUUAAUUGAUUAGUCAUAUUAUAUUAUUGUUGUUUUUAUUAUGUAUAUAUAUAUUUUUUUCAUUGUUGUUUAGUCUUAUGACUGUGUGGUUUCAAGGGCUGUUUGUCUUUAUGAAUAAGAAAUACGAGGGAAUUUUUAUGGAAAUUCAAGGUUUAUGGGAUGUUGUGAAUCAGUUUGGUAUAACAAUACUUGGAACAAUAUUUGUUUUCUUCAGACGAAGUCUGAGCAUUGAGACAUAUGCAAUUAAGACUAUUCAAUAAACUCUGCUCCAUUUUUACCAUUA